UUCUACAAAUCUACCGGGUACCAGUUGCAAGAAAACAGCCAGUGCCAUGGAUAACACCCUAGGCAUUGGUGCUCACUUUGAUUCAUUUGAUGCUUUUCAAACAGCCCUGCAACAGUAUGAGGACACACACUUUGUGCAAUUCGCCAGGUCCAGCUCACAAACAGUUGCCAAAGCCCAAGCCUCAGCCUUGAUUAAAACGUUCAACCCCAAACUGACAUUCGCUAAAGUUUGUUACACGUGUAUAUUUGGACCUAAAAAAGAGCCUUCUACUUCUACCGGACUGCGUGCUUCAAAUUCUCGGAAACUAGAUUGUCCUGUUCGACUACGUUUGGGUGCUACUAAAGAUGGUCAGCAGCUGGUUAUUAAAGAGAGUGUAUUGGACAUUCACAAUCAUGAAAUUUCAGAGGAACUCUACAAAUCUUUCUCACGGCAAAAGAGGUUGGAUAAAGAAACAGAGAUUGAAGUUUUUCAUUUUAUUAACAGCCAAGUAGACAAACGAUUAGCCAGAAUGGUUAUCAGAGAAAAAAUUAGGAAAGAAACUGGGAAAUCUUUAUCUUUAAAAGAUAUUUUAAAUAUCGAAUAUCGAGUUGGUAAAAAUCUCAAGUGCAAAAUAGAACCAGGAUUAUGUACUGCUACCAGUCCUAUAGACUGCACAGUGCAGCCAGAAGAUGAAAACAAUGCUGUGGAUAGAAUACAUCAAGCUCAAGGAGAAUGCAAUGGCACAUACAAAGGUUCUAAAAAAGCUGGCAAGUACAGAAGCAGAAAGAUAAUUCCCAGAGUCAAACUACCUUAUUGCCAAACGGAACUGAUAACUAACUUCAACGGUUCUGGAGACGCAGCUGAAAAUGGAGUAGACCUCCACUCUUAUAAAAACAAUGUCAAUAUCAUGUCAAUACAGGAUAUUGAAGAGCUAGAAGCACAACAUAUUCCAUCAAUAAUUGUUUCGGAGAAAUGUGUGAACCAACUAACAGAGGCACCAAAAGCCAAGAAAAGGAAGUUAUGUGCCCAUUGUUGUGAAGGGACAAGUUCUAAAGAACUAGUCGACACAGCUAAUAAAAAACUAGCCAUAAAAAAAGAACUAUUAGAAGUGGAAAAGCAAAAACUGAAAGUUUUUCAGAAAAUGGUUAAAAAACUAGAUUUAAUACUUGAAAAACUUAACUGAAAGCUACUUAUAUGUAAAUUUUAUUGUAAUUUAUUGUUAUUAAAGGUUUAUUUUAAAUUCAUCCAUUUUAUUGAAAAAUUAUGUUAAGAAUGAUGCUGAAUAAACAACUAACGUAACUUA